AUGGGUUCUGGAGGGAGCCCAGUGGAGCCGAGCGAGGUCCCAGCUGACCUGUUUGGGACGCGCAGCUGGGUGAGAGAGAGAGAAGUCUCUGGCUUUAAGCGGCUGAGCUUUUGGGGGUGUCUGGGAAUGCAGCAUAAUCCAGCUAACAGUGACGGCUCAGUGGAUGGUCAGGUGAUGAAUUCAGACCAGAGGGUCACUCAGCUGAUGUGCCGGGCGCCCCAAGGAAUACAAGGCACCAGCUUAAGUACAGGACGCGGGAUCUACAACACUGAGUGCUGGUGGGCCUCAGGCACGGGCCUCGCUGCCAGUCUCUGGUCCGGCGGGGAGUUUGUGCAGGCUCCUGCUUUGAAAGUGGGCCCCAGUGGGCCAGAGCAGCGAGCUGUGGGUGUGCCACUGUGCCACGAGGACUGUGAGCAGUGGUGGGAAGACUGUCGCACGUCAUACACUUGCAAGUCCAACUGGCAUGGUGGCUGGGACUGGAGUCUGGGGAGGAACCGCUGCCCUGCAGGGGCCCCCUGCCGCCCAUUCCCCCACUACUUCCCCACCCCAGCUGACCUGUGUGAGAAGAUUUGGAACAACACCUUCAAGGCAAGCCCGGAGCACCAGGGCAGUAGAAGGUGUCUUCAGAAGUGGUUAGAGCCUGCACAGGGCAACCCCAAUGUGGCUGUGGCCCGCCUCUUCGCCAGCCCUGCCCCAGCCUGGAAGCUCCCCUCCACCCUUAUGGGCUUCUCUCUAUUCCUGCCGUUCCUCCCCUAA